CUAAACCCACAACAGUAAAAACAGUCUGUAUAUGCAUGCUUGACAUACUCACUGUGGAACCUAAGGGGUUAAUCCUCUACACUGUGUAAAAAGGAUGGUUGAUCCUGUCUUCUCUGAUUCUCCCCUUCUUUUUACUGUCCCCAGUCCAUCUGCUGAUGGAACAGAGCCUUGGGGGCCAACUGCACAUGCUCAGUUUGGUGUGUAUUGCUAUAGAAUUUUUUUCCUCUUUGGGAAAGUGCAUGUAAUCAGCACAGGGCCAAUCGGCAUAGACAGAGGGUCAGGGGUUAUGCAGCCACAUAGGACAAUCAGGGAGGAAUGAAAGCUCCUUCUAGAAGCUUUAACCAGUGCUCUGCUGUACAUUGAUAGAAGGAAAAAAGGUAUUUAGCAGUUUAUACUUACUAAAAGAAUUGAAUUUCCAUUUUCUGUGCACUGUGGGGGACCAAAUAUAGUGAAU